AAGUACAGGGGCACCCCCUUCCCGGAAGCCAGCUGCCCUGCCGCCCACAGCCAGCAGAAGGCGUCCGAGGUGCCCAGCCUCAGCCCGGAUCCCUGGCCCAAGCUCCAGCCGCCAGCCGCCAGCCCAGCGUACCAGCGGGAGCGGGCGCACACCCCGUACCCGCUGUCCCUCCAGAAAGCCGCCCUCCUCUACCACCCCCCAGCUCUCCCUGCGGAGGCGCAGCCCGGUGCUCUGCCCGCCGCCUACAAAGGCUUUGGCUUUGCGGGGUGCGAGGAACCUUUCUCCAGCUCCUACCUCAAGCCCCAAUCCCCGAGGAGCUACUUCCCCAGCCCCUUAGACCCCUACGUGGCGCGGGCAGCAGGCACUGGCACGAUGCCGCAGGCAGCGGCACUGCCGAGGGACACCGAGCCGCCAAGGAGAGCCGGCUACUUGCCGAGCCCCGGCUUUGACUUCGGUCCAGGAAGCACAGAGACGGGCUGUGAGCGGCCCAAGGCAGAAAGUCCCCAGCGACAAGCAGGGAGGAGGCACAGCAGUGCCUUCCAGCCUGUCUGCGCCCCAGAGAAGGUGCCUGGGGAUGCUGGUGGACUCGCAGAGACGCUUCCUGAAGGAGAAGGGGGCUGGGUAAAACCCAGCCAUGGGGAGCAGGAGACCUCUUACCCGGGGAGAAGAAGGACCAGCCCGGCCCCACGGGAGACCCCCCACGGGGAAGCACCGGCUCUCAUCAUCAUAGGUAAGGGAGAUGCCUGCAAGGUCAAGGAUGCAGCCAAGGAGCUCAUCCCCUCUUCUCCAUCCACCUCCUCCCCGGAGGGGCUGAAAGAUGCAAAGGACGGGGAGGUUUCUCCAUCCUCCCCACCCAUGCCGGUGAUCAACAACGUCUUCAGCCUGGCACCUUACCAGGACUACCUGGAGGGGACCGAGGGUUCUGCCCAGGUCCCCUUCUGCAGGGAGCAUCUGCAAGGGGACGCCCCAGCCCACAGCACAGGGUACAGCCAGGAGCCCGCUGCCCUCAGAGACAUCUCGGGGAGCACAGUCCAGAGUCAGGGGGAAAGAUGUUACAGAAAGGUCCCCGAAAAGCCAAAGCUCUUGCCCCAAGACUCAGGGUCUCAGCAGAGUGGCCCUGCUGGGGCAGGGAGCAAGGAGCCAGCUCCUGAGGAUGUGGUGCUGGACCUCAGCUUGAAGAAGAGACUAGUGAAAGCCAUGGAGACCCAGGGAGCCACCAGCAGGGCGGAGGGGAUGCCAGAGGGGGAGGACAUAGAGGAGGAGAAAGAGGGUCCGGGGGGAAGGGCGGUGGCGGGAGAAGGGGCCAAGCCCCAGGUGCUGCCCUUGCUGCUUGAGGUGGGCUCCGGGGACAAGAGCAACUUCCAGAGCUCGGCCACCUUCAUGUUCAAAAAAUUCAAGAUCCUGCGCUCCCUCCCG